AUGGGGCUGCAGUGGGCAGAGGCUGUCGUGGCGGCCGAGUAUGCGGCUGCGCUUGGCGCGUGCAUCUACUCGCUUCGGGCGUGGCCCAUGACGACGCCGAUGCGGCUUGCACCGCCACGAUACCCGCGUGUGCUCCUUGCAUGGCGCGUGGCCUGCCUCGUGCUCUACAGCAUCACGCUGGCUAUCGACCUCUAUACGUCAUGCGGCGCGUCGCUGGCCUACUUUACGGCGUGGAACUUCACGCUCCAGCUGGCAUACUUUGCGUGGACUGUCAAGGGCAGCGUGCAGCCGCGCGGCGACGACGUCCACUUGGAUCUGCUCUUUGACGUGUGCAUAACGUCGGCGCUGUUUGUGGCCUUUGUCUUCUGGACCCUGCUCGCGACUCCCGACGCCUUGUAUGAACCCGUGUCUAUCACUGAGCACAGCGUCAACGUUAUCUGCUUGGCCGUCGAGUUCGCUCUCAACGACCGCGUCGUCAACCCUCGGCAUGGCUCGCUCGUCGCGCUCUGGCCACUGCUCUACGGCAUUUUUACAUGGAUGAGCCACAAUAGUGUCAUCCCAGGCGGUGGGUGGCCGUACGAUUUCAUGGUCGCGGACCAGCCGACCGCGCCGCUUUGGUACCUCGGCAUCUUUCUUCUUCAAGUGGCGUUCUUCUUGCUGUGUCUUGUCGUCAGCCGCCUCAAGCGACAUCUGCUCGAGAACCGAAGCGACGACGACAAGCAAUGCACCUCGUACGGCUCCGUGUAGACACUAGAUGAUCUAGUUUUGUGCUUAGCCAACAAUCCGAUCAUGAUGCGGCAAUGUAAAUCCUUUUUGACCCG